ACUAUCAUGACAUAAACAUAAUCAUGAUGGCAUCUCUUAUUGAAGAGACUGUGCAAGAAACAGAAAGUGUUGCAUUUAUGAACCUCGCUCUAGAACAGGCAAAGCUUGCAUUGGACAGCCUUGAAGUACCAGUGGGUUGUGUAAUCAUCCAGGAUCAGAAGGUCAUUUCCUCAGGGAGAAAUCGAACAACUGAGACUAGAAAUGCCACUCGGCAUGCGGAGAUGGAAGCAAUUGAUGUGCUGCUUCAGCAGUGGCAGAAAAUUGGAGUUACAACAGAAGAAGUCGCGUUAAGAUUCUCAACAUGCAUUCUUUACGUUACAUGUGAGCCAUGCAUAAUGUGUGCAUCAGCGUUAUCGAUUAUUGGAAUAAAAGAAGUGUAUUACGGCUGUGCAAAUGAUAAGUUCGGAGGUUGUGGUUCAGUAUUGUCCUUGCAUACAAAGAGCUCCGGGAAGCUUACGAGCGACGGAAUUUCAAAAAAGGACUUCAAUUGCACCGGAGGAAUAAUGGCAGCAGAAGCGAUCAAUCUUCUAAGAAGCUUCUAUGAGCAAGGAAAUCCAAAUGCCCCAAAGCCUCACAGAACACCAAUGCCACAGAUCUAAAGUCGUUUUCUACCAAGUUUUAUUCUACUAUCAUAUCAUGAGGUAUUGUGAUGCAGAUCAUUACAUUGAUUCGACUCUAAAGGGACCAAAUCGCAGCUCUGUGUGGGCAUGUUCGUGUCCUUGUGUGCUGGCAGCCAAUUUUGCAUUGAUGAGAUUUUAAAGAUUUAUUUCGUUUCAGGAAUUGAACUUACGAACCAUUAUUGUAACGAGUGGAUUGAUAUCUUAUAUUUCAAUUCCUUGCUGGGAUUGAAUUAACUUCCUGUAACAUGAGUAAAUUUAAAAAAAAAAAUUGUUAAAUCA